UUGCUGUGUUACACAGAUGUAGAAACUGAAGCUAGCGCUGGCCGCUGAUAGCAGCCGUAGUUUAAAAAUUAAACGCGUCUUAACGGGAUGUGGCGAGCCUUUGGACAAUAAAAUGUUAUGAGAAACCAGUUAAUUAAUGUUUUCUACUAUUUCCAGGUAAUGUCAGUUUUUUUGGGGGGCCGGCGAGAGACCGCAAGCCUCGCUUCUCGGGGCAGCACUAACUAGCUUAGCUAGCCGCUAGUCCGCCGGUCAACGCUAAAACUAAAGAGGCAACUAACAAAACCGUGUAUUUUCUUCAGUCACGUUUUGUAAGAAAAGAAUACUGUUAUCUUCGGUAACUUAAAGUGGGGCUUUCCCAGCUACCUAACUGCUUAGGAAGGCUAUUUAUUAAUUAUGUCUCCGGAGCAAGAAUUAUAGAAGUGGACUGUCGGGGUGUGGACUGGUAUGAGACAAAUAUUUAACCAGUUAACUAGUCAGCGAGCCAGUGACUAGCUAAAUACCUGGCUAGAAUACGCUAACUUCGCGACUGGAACGAAGAUGUCCGCUUUUGGAAUAUGUGAGCAGACCUGCCUGGCAACGGUAAAGGGACAUGAGUUAAAGGCGGGCCAACGGGAGCCUCGACUUCUGUCACUAUUGGAAUGUUCAGGACAAUUCACGUUGGGUGUUUUGGCAAAUCCUGAAGCAGUUAAAUCCAACCCAGUGCCUCAGCUGUCCAUACCGAUCAACAGGAAUUUUCAUGUAGUACGUGAAGCAGAGGAGGCUCUUCUCAUUGACCUCUCAAUAAGCACGACAUUUAGGAUCCGUAUUCAAGCAGAGCAAGCUCCAGAGCUUUUGCUUGAAUUACAGGAUGAUGAGCGCAGUCAGAUUUUCUUCCAGCAAGUGAUGAAGGCUAAACACCAAGUUGAAAGCAAAAGUUCACAGAUGAAGAUAGAGCCUGUUGUUCCUGCCCCACUCAAAGGCUCUGUCCCAACCCCCCCUCAGAGAAGCACUUCCAAAACAGCAAGCAAUUCCUCCAGGGCCAUGCUACAAGGCAAUACCAACAGUAGCACUUCAGGAAAGCCAUUAACCACUGAUUCUUUAGACACUCCAUCCGCUCUGGUGACAGACUUUGGUUUUGAAGAUCAUUUCAACCACGGUUUAAAAGUAGAGGAAAAAAAGAAUAGACAAAAUCGGAUAGUCGCUCCAAGAGAAGCUCCUCCUCCUCCCACACCUCCACUUCCUCCUCGGAAAGGCAGUUACACACCUUCUGUUGCCCCUGCUGCAGGCUUACCUCCCAAAGAUAGACCUCCACAGAUACAAAUGGCCACACCUGUCAGGCAAGAGUAUAAUUACUCUGCAGAUCGAAGCAACUCUUGGUCUAGCAGUCCAACUACACAAACCAUGAGGCAGGCUAUGUUAAGCAGCCAGGCAGGCCAAAGAGAGGGCCUUCUCAAAUACCGUUUGAGCAAGAAGGAAAAGGACUAUGUGGACAUCCAGAACUUUAGGUUUUUUGCAGGUACCUGGAAUGUGAAUGGCCAGUCUCCUGAUAGCAAGUUGGACCCCUGGUUGUCCUGUGACCCUGAGCCUCCUGACGUGUAUGCUGUGGGGUUUCAAGAAUUGGAUUUAAGUACAGAAGCAUUACUGUACAUGGAUUCGUCCAGACAGCAGCUGUGGGUUGAUGCAGUGGAGAGGAGUCUUCAUCCCAAAGCAAAAUACAGACAAGUACGCCUUUUUCGGUUAGUCGGUAUGAUGCUGGUGGUGUUUGUCAGAAAGGAGCAUAAAAAUCACAUUAGUGAAGUUGCUGCUGCAGCUGUUGGAACUGGCCUAAUGAACAAAAUGGGAAAUAAGGGAGGUGUGGCGGUGCGGUUUGUGUUUUACAACACCAGCUUUUGCAUUGUGAACUCCCACCUGGCAGCCCAUGUCGAGGACUUUGAGCGACGCAACCAGGACUAUAAGGAAAUCUGUGCCCGUCUGAGCUUUCACCUAAUGGAGCAUCCACCACUCAGUAUCGUCAAACAUGAUGUUGUAAUUUGGUUGGGAGAUCUGAACUACAGGCUGUUUUUAAGUGAUGCAGCUGAGGUAAAGAAGCUCAUUGCUAGUAACGAGCUGCGAAAGCUCCAGGAGUAUGAUCAGCUGAACAACCAGAGGCAGACUAAACGUGCCUUCACUGACUUUAAGGAAGGAGAAAUCAAUUUCAUCCCCACAUACAAGUAUGAUGCAAAAUCAGACCGAUGGGACUCAAGUGGCAAAUGUCGAAUUCCUGCCUGGUGUGACCGUAUUUUGUGGAGAGGUAGCAGUGUCAAGCAGUUGUGCUACCGCAGCCAUAUGGACCUGAAGACCAGUGAUCACAAACCUGUCAGCUGUCUUUUUAGCAUUGGGGUGAAAAUGGUAAAUGAACAACGUUAUAAGAAGGUAUUUGAAGAAAUAGUUCGUGAUAUGGAUAGAAUGGAGAAUGACUUUCUGCCUUCAUUGUCAUUGACUCAAAGAGAGUUCCACUUUGAGAACGUGAAAUUUCGUCAGCUACAGAAGCAGAGUUUUCUCAUUACCAAUGAUGGUCAAGUCCCCUGUACAUUUGCCUUCAUCCCCAAACUCACAGACUCUCAGUAUUGUAAACCCUGGUUAAGAGCUGAACCCAAUGAUGGUGUUCUUGACCCUAAUGAGACCAUGGAGAUAGCCUUGGAGGUGUAUGUGAGUAAAGACUCAGUCACGAUGCUUAACUCAGGAGAGGAUAAAAUCGAGGACAUCUUGGUGUUGCACUUGGACCGGGGAAAAGACUAUUUCAUCACUGUGUCAGGGAACUAUCUACCGAGCUGUUUUGGGACCUCUCUGGAGACCCUCUGUCGAAUGAAGAAGCCCAUCCGAGAAAUUCCCAUCACCAAGCUCAUCGACUUGGAGAAAUCCAAGAUGAACUUUCUGUUGGACAGUGGCAACAUGGAGGACAAACCAUUAAAGAUCCCCAAGGAGAUCUGGCUGCUUGUCAACCAGCUUUUCACCAAGGCCUGUCACCAGGAGGACCUUUUCCAGACACCUGGCCUGCAAGAGGAGUUGCAGUGUAUAAUUGACUGUUUGGACACCAGUAUUCCGGACUUCAUCUCUGGCAGUAACCAUUCGGUAGCUGAAGCACUGUUGAUCUUCUUGGAGGCUCUCCCUGAGCCCGUGGUGUGUUACGAACUCUAUCAACGCUGUCUUGAAAGCUCCCAUGACACUCGUCUCUGUAAACAGUUAAUAUCACAGCUCCCCAGAGCACACCGCAAUGUGUUCCGCUACCUAAUGGCUUUCCUGAGAGAGCUGCUGAAACAUGCAAUUGACAACAACCUUACUGCCAACCUCAUAGCUACUCUCUUCGCAAGCCUCCUCAUCAGGCCACCACCAAACCUCACAAGCAGGCAGACCUCAACCGAUCGGCAGAGGGCCAACGAUUUCAUUCUAGGCUUCCUAAUGGGCAGUGAUGAGGACUGAGGCGCUCCUUAAGUCAAGUAGUCAAUUAAGUAGGCUGAGAGACUAUGGGUCAUAACCUUCCAUCCAGGUGCAGGUGGUGCCCUGAUCAUAGGAGAUUGUGUGUGUGUGUGUGUGUGUGUGCGGCCGUGUGGGCCCUCCCAGCACUACCAUACUUAUUUGUUUAAAAAAGGCAACAUCUCUUUUGCACAUUGCACACUGCAUUUAGCUCUAGUAUUAUAUUCGUUUAUUAGAGCCUCCUCCAUUACUUAACUAAAGCAGUUUCAGGUCGACCUGGUGUCGCUCUGAGAUAUAUGGCUCCUUAUUAUUUGGCCUUGAGGCC